UCUGUAGCCGCUGCUCCUUCUGAGUUCUUGGCCUCACCAUGUUGUCAUCGUUCCCUGAGCUCUAUUUCAACGUCGACAGUGGCUACCUGGAGGGCCUGGUGCGGGGUUUCAAGGCAGGGGUGCUGAGCCAGUCCGAUUACGUCAACCUGGUUCAGUGUGAGAGCCUGGAAGAUUUGAAGCUCCAUCUCCAGAGCACAGACUAUGGGAACUUCCUGGCAAACGAAGCCUCCCCUCUCACCGUGUCCGUCAUUGAUGAUAAGCUGAAGGAGAAGAUGGUGGUGGAGUUCCGCCAUAUGAGAAAUCAUGCCUAUGAACCCCUGGCCAGCUUUUUGGACUUCAUCACGUACAGCUACAUGAUUGACAACGUGAUCCUGCUCAUCACCGGGACUCUGCACCAGCGCUCCAUUGCCCAGUUGGUGCCCAAAUGCCACCCCCUGGGAAGCUUCGAGCAGAUGGAGGCAGUGAACAUUGCCCAGACUCUGGCAGAGCUGUACAAUGCCAUCCUGGUAGACACACCCCUGGCUGCCUUUUUCCAGGAUUGCAUCUCAGAGCAAGACCUUGAUGAGAUGAACAUUGAAAUUAUUUGUAAUGCGCUGUACAAGGCCUACCUUGAGUCCUUCUACAAGUUUUACAAGAUCCUGGGAGGCACGACCGCUGAUGCCAUGUGCCCCAUCCUGGAGUUCGAAGCUGACCGGAGGGCCUUCAUUCUCACCAUCAACUCCUUUGGCACAGAACUCUCCAAGGAGGAUCGGACCAAGCUGUUCCCCCACUGUGGGAAGCUCUAUCCAGAGGGCCUGGCUCAGCUGGCCAGAGCUGAUGACUAUGAGCAAGUCAAAGCAGUAGCCGAUUACUACCCAGAAUACAAACUUCUGUUUGAAGGAGCAGGCAGCAACCCUGGUGACAAAACCCUUGAAGAUCGAUUCUUUGAGCAUGAGGUGAAGCUGAACAAGCUGGCUUUCCUGAACCAGUUCCACUUUGGCGUCUUUUGGUAGAACCAGACAUCUUCCUGCUGCAUAACUGGAACGGAACAAAAAUCAGCACUAGCAAAGCAGAAUUAGUACAUGUGUUAAUUGCCUCAGCCAGACUGGUUAUUGCUUCAAUAUGGGUGAACAAAACGUUACCCACUCUAGAAAUGUGGUAUAAUAGAGUGUGGGACACAUUUAUUAUGUGCAAGGUUGCUUACAACACAAACAACAUCUCAUAUGACCAAGAUGAAAAGCACUUGGUUGCCAUAUGGUAUCCUCUUCUAAUGUAUCUUUCAGAGAAUGACAUCAUCCCCAAAAAUCCAUAUUAUAAAAAGUUAAUUUAUUUUUAGAAGUCUUUCUUGUCUGAAUCUAGUUUAGGUUAAAUUGACUAUAGCACAAGUUUACUGCUAUUAUAUAACUUGUAUGGUAACAUCAAAUAUGCGUGUAUUGUUAUUAAGUUAAAUUUGUACUACGACGAAACUUUCAAUAAAAGCCUUUUUUUCACUGGAAAAAAAA